GAAAUAUCUUUAGGGUGAUGCGGAUGUAAUCUAAGCUGGUAAGUUAAAAACAAAUACUUCUUUAGCUGCUUUCUCAAAAUAUGUGGGUUUCCGAACCUUACAAAAAGGAUUCAGUGACACCACAAACUAAAGCACGACCAUCAUUUUUAGUACAACUAUGCGUUGAAAUAAUAUGCAUUCACUUCUUCACUGGGUUGACGUUAAAAGCUUUUAUCCUUCCUAUAGCUAAGUUCUUUUGUCCGGAUGCUUUCAUUCAAGUCUUUUUUUGGAAAGAAAUUUUAAAGUUUUUGUUAACAAGGGCCGUAAACAGGACUCGGAAAACUGCAACCCACCGAUCCAUCGAGAUGCAAUGGUUAAAAACUAAAAUGAACCAGUUUUUUUUCACGAACAUUCGGCCGAGAUAAUGCAAAAUGGUUCUCUCGUUUGAUGAAUAGAUGCAACAUUCUUAAUUUUGAGCUGAUUUGAAAUUGUGUUUGGACAUAUAGUGCGUGGUAAGUCAGUUUAGUGACUGACGCCUUAAAGCAGCUGAAGAUUUUCAGAUAUUAUAUAAAGAUAAUUUAAGAUCUAAUGUUUGAUUCAUCUUCAGCUGGCAUGCUCAGUCAACAGACUUUCGUUUUUUUCAUUCAAACUAUAAACCACUAACUAUUAAUCAGCAUCUCUAAAAUAUUUUAAUGUAUUGCAUUUUAAUAAAUAGUUUCAAAGACAAAAAAAUCUACUUCAGUACUCUGUGGAGCAAUUCAAAAAGAAAACAACAACAAUAAUCUGUUUCUUGUCUUCUUGGCUGUAUUAAGAAGGUUCUUAACGACAGGUUUUAAUGUUAAUAUAAGUAAUAUAAGAAUUAGCUUUCAUCAAAUGCACCUGGUGAAAAAGAAGCCUUACAUCUUCUCCAUCUUCUUUAUCAUCAUAUUCAUAUCUUCGAUAAUUAUGCCACGGAAAUUGAAAGCCUUUAUUCUUAUUAGCAGCAUGACACUAUGUCAGUGAACUAGAUGUUGUUUAAUUUUUCGUUUAGUUUUAGGCUUUAGUAAUGAAUUUCAAAUUUUGGAAAAAAAAAACAUGCUAUCAUUGCAAUCAUGAAGUCCCCAACAGGAACCAUAGUCGGGGUCAGGGAGAUCGCAAGCGUGGGGUCCACGCGGUUCCAUCGAAAUAGCCAAAUGCCUUAACGUCACAAACUCGCGUGGUUCUCGUGUGGAAUUUCGGGAGAGGGGCGAUCGUUUUGCGACUUUAUUGAAGGGCUUUCCUCUCUGAACUUUCUAAGUGCUUCAUAUCUCGAUAGGCAAUGCAUGCACAGGGGAAAAAUGAACCAAUUCGAAACACGUUUAUCACAAAAACCCCUCGAAGCUGUAAUGGGCCAGCUGUAAGAAUAGAGGGAAACAAGCCAAUAGGAAAAUUAUGAUUAGAAACAAACACAAAACCAAAACGAAAAAAAAUAUACAACAACAACAACAAAAAAUAUUCAUCGCACGACAUCUCCGACAUCUACUUCGUCACUGGAUUUUUCAAAAACACUCCCACUGCGGUCUGUUGAUGUUGUCCUUCAGCAGCAUAAUUAAAAAUAUAUAAAACUGGUUUAGUGAGGCCUUAAACUGCUGUUUAAAAAGUAAAAACUAAAAUCCAAGCUUUCGCCGAUCAACGGCAUCAUUAGGGAUGAGAAAAUUUUCCGCGCGCUAUGUACACCUAAUUGCAAUAACGUUGUCAUAGAAAAAAAAAACAAAAGGCAAAAAAGCCAAAUAGGAAUAAAUUAGCCAUGUAAUUUACAUUUGCGUAUUUUAAUUCAGUAUUCAACAAUUAUUUAAGAAUUCAUUCACAAUAACAAGAGAUAAUUCUGUAAUUCCGCGCUGUAAGAUAGACAGGCGCCAUAGUCAUUUUAGAGCCAACAUUCUCCAUCAAAAGAAGUCGCACAAUUAAAGAAAGAAAAAGGUAAAUUGACGCGAGCAAUGUUAUGUCUCAGUUGUCGCACGUUCAGUCGCCAAACUAUAAUGUCCUGACAAACGAAGCUUGGUUUAUGGCUCAGGUGAGGAACUGGCGGAGGGCCCCCUACCCUCUCUGCGAUGAAAAGUCCUGCCUACGCCCCUGAUUUGUUGCUCGAAAAUUGUGAUCAGAUGGUGUUGUGCUCUGCAAACCAUACGCAGACUGGCUUUUCUAUUUAGCGUUAAUCUAAAACACGCGUUGAGUUCCUGGAAUUUACCCCAGGCUAUAUUUAUUGAAAAAAAAUGGAGCCAUUAUUUCUUUGGUAGUUAUCCGAUGUGCUUUGUAAUUCGAGCACGUUUAAAAUUCGCUAGAUGAAUCAGCCUUGAAUUGCACGAGAAUGACACCAAGAAACUGAUGCAAAUGAUUUCUCUCAUAUUACGUGGUUAAUAUUCAGCUGUAAGCGUGUGUGUCGUGAUAAUUACAUGCUAAUUAAUUCCUAUUUAACUUUUUGCUUUUUGCUUUUCGCUUUUUGCUUUUUUUCUAUGACAACCUUAUUGCAAUUAGGUGUAUAUGCAAAGAAAGUGUUGGGUGAAAUGUGUAAAGAAUGUGACGUAUGUAAGAAAGCUAUAGAAAUAAACUGUGAAUGGAAUACAAAGCUCUGAUGAUGGAGUGUCUCUAGACAAAAGACCUCUAAAAGCGCUUAAGAAUGGUCUCUAAAAUAAAAUACUAAAAUAGCAGGUCUGCGAAUUCAGCACGUUCUUCUCGGGAAUUGAGUGUAGGCUUGCACUUUCUAAUGUAAAAUGCUUUAUAGAGGUGUAGAUUAGUGUGAGCUGGUACACUGCAUUUCUUCGUAAACGCAAUCCGGUGUUAGCGAUAGAGCAUUUGUCUCUAGUGCAUUUGCGCUCAGUGGAGGUGUGGGAUGUAGGGCUUGUCUGAGCGUGUAGGAUUUGUGGGUAACGCGUACUGAGAUGUUUUUUUUUUUCUAAAAAUGUUAGUGAUCCUGUGAUUGAGUCGUUCAGAAAUGUAAGGGAUCUUAAGGAUGACCAUUCUGUGUUGGUAGAUUGAGGGUUUCGUUGAGGGUUUUGUGGGCGUUUUGUCAAAUUCGCGUUUGCCUUUUGAAGUAAACGUGAUGCUUAACCUGGCUUUUAAUUUGUAAGCACGCUAGGGCUUGCCUAAGAGACUGGAAGCAAGUGUACUCAUUGGCCGAUACGUUUUUUCACAGAGGAUAUUUACUGAGGAGAAAACCGAAUAUUUGUAGGCAGGGUCGACAUCUUAAUUCUGUCCAUAUUCUGAAUAGCUGGACCAUUUUACAGUGGUGGGCUUUGUAUUUCAGGCUUUGAGUGAACGUGAGGCUAAAGUAGACUUUGUUUUGAUAUAAACAUCUCUCCUUCUUUUAUGAAAACUAUGCUCAAAAAAUACUAGUUAGCAUAAGAACAGCAUCAUUUACAUAAUAAAGCAGGAGGGGUCGUAUCAAAACAAGGUUAACUCCAGCCUCGUUUCCACCAGUAACUGUAAAAUGGUCUAUUAAUAAAAGUGAAAUUGCAUUGAAAAAACAAAGGAAUAAGAAUGGACUUAAAAGAUUUUUUAGAAUAAAGAAAGAAUGAAAUAUAGUACACUAAUGAGCGAAAACCAACAUUUCUGCUGCUAUUGGAGGAAAAUGAAUUGAAAUUGUUUUGCAAUAGGCCUUUAAAGAUGAGGUGAUAGCAAUAAAAAAAUUCACAUUGUACGCUGAUAACGUUUACUACAGUGUAUCAAUCACGUCCCAUCCGCUGUCAUUAAAGGUAAGAGUUCAGGUGUCACUUUGAUGCCUCAAGAAGUCAAGUAAUAAGCAUGAAAACCAGGCUAAACAGUUAAGCGUAUCGGAUCUUGAAAGACCUACACGGCCCCAAAAUGUCUGAAGAAAAACAACAUAAGCAGCAAAAGUAUCUGCCGAAAAACGAUCGUGUUGAAAGUCAUCCAAACCGCUGGUUUCUCCACGAAAUGACGUCUGAGCAUCGGGCUCAGAAAUUCCAUAACGUUUCAUUACCAAGAUCUGGGCCCGGUUGUUCGAAGGCCGAUUCGCGCUUAACCCAGGGUUAAAUUUAACCCGAGUUUCUUUUUCUUGUGUUCAAAAGCAUUUUCUCAGAUAAUUUUCUCUGUUAUUUUUAGAGCUUCCAGCCAUCAACUUGUAGACAAAAAGAAUUAAAACUGAAAUCCUUUUUAAGCUUUCAAAUCUGAAUGCGAAUCUCGCACUAACCCUGGGUUAUCUUAACCCAGCUUUGAACAACUCGGCCCUGGGUAGUGCUUCUGACUGGUUGAAACUUUGCUUUAAGUAAUCAGAAGCACUACCCUUCUAUUCAGACCUUGUUACUGACGCGUAAUCAGAAUAGACUUUCUGCGCUCGUUUCUCAGAAAUCUUUUCGCUGGGAAAUCAGAAGUCGCGUCGCGAAAAGCCAGCUUUUUUCUUGGGCUGAUCCAGGCUCUUUUCGUAGUUUUCAGAUCAUGUCUUCUGGAUCUGUCUCUUUUGAUAUGCAGCCGGAAAGCAGUAUAAGACGAAAGAGAAGAAGACCUCGGAUAAAACAGAUACCAAAGAAGCUAGGCAGCUGCAUUAUCAAUAACGAAUCCGUGUUUAAAGUGACCUGGGACUGGUUUGUCCUCGCUUUGGUGUUAUACACAGCCAUUGAAAUUCCUUUUACGAUGUCUUUUCUCACGACAGCGAGGCAGACUGAUGUUUGGCAAAAGAUCAACUCCGGCGAACCUCAUGAGAUUAUCAACAUUAUUGUUGAUGUUAUGUUCAUUGUGGACAUAGUGAUUAAUUUUAGGACUACAUAUGUGGAACAGAAAACUCAGUUGAUCAUCAGUGAACCGAAAAAGAUUGCCAUCCAUUAUCUCAAGACUUGGUUUUUUGUGGAUUUUGUGGCUGCCAUACCUUUUGAUUUCUUCAUUCCUUCAGGGGUAGGAGAUUAGGCAGAAACUUAUGCAUUUUGAAUGUAGUUUAGAACUGCUUUUUAUACAACUAAAACCAAACUGACCCUCUGGGCCGGCUUGUUCAAAGCUGGGUUAAGAUAACCCAGGGUUAGUGCGAAAUUUGAAUUCAGAUUUGAAAAGUUAAAACGUAAAUUCAGUUUAAUUCUUUUUGUCAGCAAGUUGAUGAUUAAAUGCUCUUAAAAAUAACAGAGAAAAUUAUCCGAGAAAAUGUUUUUGAGGAAAAGAAAAAGAAACCGGGGUUAAAUUUAACCCUGGGUUAAGCGCUAAUCGGCCUUCGAACAACUGGGCCCUCACCAACAGUAUCAUCAACAUUACAAUGAACAUACUUGACAUCACCACCACCACCACCACCAUAAUCAUCAUCACCAUCAUUAUCAUCAUCAUCAUCAUCACUACCACCACCACCAUCAUCAUCAUCAUCAUCAUCAUCAUCAUCACUACCACCACCAUCACCAUCAUCAUCAUCAUCAUCAUCACUACCACCACCAUCACCAUCAUCAUCAUCAUCAUUAUCAUCAUCAUCAUCACUACCACCACCAUCACCAUCAUCAUCAUCAUCAUCAUCAUCAUCAUCAUCACCACCACCAUCACCAUAAUCAUCAUCACCAUCAUUAUCAUCAUCAUCAUCAUGAUCAUUAACAUCAUAAUCAUCACCAUUAUCGCAAUCAUCAUCAUCAUCGUUGUCAAACUAUCGUCAUCAUUUUUGUCAGAAUUCCAUCGUCUUCUGCUCCUCCGAGACCUUGACUGUAUUUCCUUUAUUUUCAUAGACUUACUGUCUAAUUGGUUAGAAUAUUUUCAUAGUUAAAGCUGACUCAAAAUAAAGGCAGCGUCUUCUAUUGCAAUAAAUUGACAUUUUAACUGUAAAGGACCGCAAACGAAUAUACCGCAGAACUUAGGAUCUAUAAGAGACCUGACCAGCAAAAAUAUACACUGGGUAGACACAUUGAAUUCUGCAAAACUGAUCGUACUACGUGAAAAUUAGCUUGAGCAAGACAUCAACACGACACCGUAUUUUACAGGAGAGCCUCUCUAAUCGUUGCGCCGUAGUGACGAGCCCCAAAAAUGGCGAAACAGCUGUCUACGGCUACGUUUCCGCUCUGUUUUUGGUUCCUUCGGUGUGGUGUUGAUGUCUUGCAAAGUUAAUUUUCACGUAGUACGAUCAGCUUUGCAGAAUUCAAUGUGUCUUCAAUUGCCUUUAUUAGAGCACGCCACCACUGGUUUUUAAUGAUACCGACUAUCGUUACAGGCAGCCUCUUUAGCUGGACUUUUCAAAACAGCUCGCCUUCUGCGUCUUAUCAGAGUCUCACGCAAGAUGGAUCGAUAUUCAGAAUUCGGACUUGCCGUCAUUUUCCUUCUGACGUCACUUUUCACGCUCUUCGCUCAUUGGCUAGCUUGCCUCUGGCAUCUUAUUGGUGAGAAAGAGAAAAAUGUCUCGUAUGGAUGGAUUCAAUCACUUGGCAACACGGUUGGGAAACCUGUCAAUCAAUCCGUGACGGGCAGCGGACCAGAUACCAGAACCCGUUACGUGACAUCUCUGUACUUCACGAUAACCAGCUUGACGAGUAUCGGCUUCGGCAACGUAGCUCCCAAUACUGACACAGAGAAAAUUUUCUCUGUUUUAAUGAUGUUGAUCGGAGGUAAUAGAAACUAGCUAUCUAACUAACUAAAUAAUAAGGCGUGAUUCGGUGGGUGUUGGAGAUCAACGUUAGGGGUUAAAACAGUGUGAGCGGGUAUUUUCUCAGCAGAUCCUUUUUGUUCUGUCUGUGGUUGCGCCGUCCUGACGAGUCACAAUAAAAAGAAAUGGCAAAACAGCUGUCGACUGCUACAACGCCGCUCUGUUUUGGAUUCUAUCAGUGUCGUGUUGAUGUCUUGCAAAGUUAAUUUUCCCGUAGUACGAUCUGUCUUGCAGAAUUUAUUGUGUCUACCAAAUAAAUAACGAUUUAGAGGUAAUUCUCAAGAUUUUCUUCGCCCGUCUGUUUGUACCAUUCAGAGUAAGCGCAUCUAUAAAGGGCUUCUUCUUUUACCAUUCCUGGUAGAAUUAAAAUUUAGACCUGUUAGUUUUUGUCGAGAGGGGGAAAUUGGAGUAUCCGGAGAAAAACCUCUCGGAGCAAAGGAGAAAACCACCAUUGUCUAACACGUUUCAGCAGAUCUUGCUGAUAAUGAAUUUACUUUACGUUUUGAUCCAUUCAGGCGUAUCCAUGCGUAAUAAAGACAUAUUGCUAGGGAUAUCCCUAAGAUAAUGUAAUCGCUCUUCUAGGGACUGAAACACGAGUAUUUUAUGCUAAGCUCUGCCGUACGCGUGUGUAAGGUCCACCUCGGGUCCGGUUGAGGAACGAGUGCGACUUCUUCCCCUUACAGCGGCUGGUAAUCGAGUUUAUGCCGUUUGGUUCUUGUUUCCUCGCAGUGCUUCUUUACUUCAUGGAAUUUGAUAUUUUAUUAUUUUUCUUUUAGCAAUGUUUUAUGCCGUUAUCUUUGGUAACCUUACUGCAAUCAUACAACGAUUAUACUCGCGUACUGCUAGAUAUCACAGAGACGUCCGAGUGGUGAACGAGUUUCUUGCCAUGCACGACAUGCCGGAAUCUUUGCAAGGGAAUCUCCGAGAAUACUUCACGAACGAACAGGCUGCGAUAAGAGGGGACGACAUUGAGUCGGUAAGACAGAAACCAAUCUCAACAUCUAUUGAGGUAAAAAGAGUGAAGUGACGGUGGGGCUGGUCAACGAAGACAAGGAUGAAAACUAGGGUUGUGAUAGUAUUUGGAAGAACCUUACACAUUCAUUUCAGAUUAAUGAAUGGGCGAGUGUUUUUUGCUCGCGAAUAAUCCAUUUUCGAGUUCCAAAAACUCUCACUUUCAAGACGAGGCUAAGUGCACAACCUUUCUUAUGAAAACGAGUUUUAUUUGCAUAGGAAUAAAGAAUCAUUUUCAAAUCAAUUGCUUCGCACCUGGCCUCGCUUUCAAACAGAGACUUAAGGCAACUCGGUAAUGGGCUCAUAUUGUUCCCCUCCCCUCCCCGUUCCGGCAAGGAGACACGACGUUCGGUUUGGGCUGGUCCUAACGAAAAAAGGGACUACUCUAAUCGAGCCACUCUUAGCCUACUGAUCAAUGUUAGAGAGGCUAGUUUGUCAAGUAAACUUCACUAACUUUCCAAAAGGUUUUGUCAAUAGUAGAUGCUUCUCAUAAAGGCAAGAAACCACCUUGAAGAUCCAUAAUGGAGCUCUUUUUCAGUGUUCUCUAUUUGCUUCCAGAUCAUGUACCGCUUUCCAGAAUCUCUUCAAUCCGAGAUCAGGCUUUAUUUGAAUCACAGUCUAUUCGAUCGGUUUGAUAUUUUUGAUGGUGUAAGUGAAGGUUGUUUGCGGGCGCUGGCCUCAGUAUUCCGUAUCGAGGUGUAUCCUCGACAACAUUAUCUGAUAAAAGAGGGAGACGUGGUAACCAAGCUGUACUUUAUCGUGUCCGGCAGUGUCAACGUGAUGAACGGAAAUCACUGUGGGAAAUGUUUAGGUAAGAUUGAUCAGCUGGCCCCAGCUGUUUAAAAGGUGAAUAGCGUUAUCCUCUGGAUAAUCUCUAUCCGGUGGAUAACGCAAUUGGUUUUCCUAAUACUUAUCCACUGAAUAAUUAUAGAUUUAUCGAGUGGAUAGCGCUAUCCACCUUUUGACCUAAUCUCGUACCCAGAUCUCCCACGGCCAAGGGAUUUUUCAGUUAAAAACAGAGUGAGAUCUGGGUACCAGAUUACUUUUGACCAACUGGACCCUGAAGUAUAAAGCCGUCACGACAAUAGGCAUCAAUAACAAAAAUAUAUUCUAUCUAUCAUUAUGGUGAACCACUAGUUAUUCAGAAAACUGCUUCUUUCACGUGAUUUUCCCACGGUCCAUGACAUGACCGUUUAGUAAAUGAGGGUGGAGCGCGAAUAACGAGACAGCUCACCUACCUCUCACGCGCUGUCUUUAAUUUUAGUCGGUCACUCACUUUAAAAGCAUCAGGCUCGGCUACUUGGCUAUACCCGUGAUAUAGAUUCUAUGGUAGGCCAGACAAAACUGAAUUAAAGCUCGCUCAAUUUCAACAUCAUGAAUUACGCGAUAAUGGAAUCAAAUAACGUAUUUCCUCGAAUGAGUGUCCGAUCGCUUAUUUUAAAUUUCCGCUAAAAGGAUGGGCGCUUGUUGGAAGGAAGGCGCUUAAUCAAGGGGGACGCUUAUCACAUCCUCCUUUAAAAACCAAAAACUAGGAAAUCAUCCAUGCAAACGCAAAAUCAAUAUUAAUGUCUUUCGUUUGUUUAAACAGCGCUUGAUAAUCAAGCAUGCCAUAGUCCAUGCACUUUGAAAACUGUUUCCUCUUGUUCCCCCAUCAUCUAAAAAAGUGAGGUUACGGUGAGGAGGUCCUUAUUUGAUAUUAGAGACCUUUAGAUUUGGGAACGAAAACGACUAUGAGUACGAGAUUUGAUUUAAGUUUUUUUGCGUUUUGUAAAAAAAUAGACACCCAGGAAUGCAUCAUUUUACUUUUUUUCACCUGAAACGUUAGCACUUAUCUUUAUUGGAGGAGGUUAAGCUCUCUUCCGAUUGUAAAACAAUAAAACUGUCAACUUUGAUAACUUGUUUCCCGGCACUACGAGAUUUUCUCUAAAACUCGUCAUAGAAUGACGACGGCUAUCACGUUUUCCCGCCAAAAUGACGCUGGUUCACGCGCGAGCACCACUUACGACUGAAAAAAUCUCGUACUCGUUGUAGUAAUCGUCGUAGAAUCUAAAGAUCUCUAUUAUGGCCUUGAGGUAGGUGCUUAUUCGAGGAAAUUUAAACAGACCAAAGCCGGGGCAAUCUCUGAUAAUUUGACUUUUUUUAGGAGCUGGGGACGUGCUUGGAUGCAGCAUGUUGCCACGUGGUUGCUAUUCUAAGGCUUGUGUAAGCCUGGUCGCUAAGAUUAGUUGCCAGGUUCAUCUCAUCUCCUGGCGGGACCUUACGGAAGUUAUGAAAGCGUACCCUGAGAUUAAAGAGCGUAUUUUGGGAGAAAUGGAGCUGUCGUGUAACCUGAGCUCUACUAAAAUGGUAUGUGCAAAAAUGAAAUUUUUUUCCAUCGAGUUGUCAAUGGUAGCAUCAAGCCAAUUGCACACGAUUACCCAAGUAUACAACUCGUUCCUGUGCGGGGUUGUGAUUAUCUGAUUUAGAAAGUGUUUGUGAAACCUGAAGGUAUAGCCAGGAACCAUGAUCGGCAAAGAUAGUCCUGUCUUUCUGUUAGCUUUUUGUUGGCACUGCUUUCUUAUCGCCUUUUUGGCGACUAAGGUGGGGAGAUUAGUGGUUGUAUUAGAUCGUACCUUUCUCCAAAGUGGAUGUUACUAAUUCAAAACAAUUUUUAGUAACGUGUUUCAUUUUUCUUUUAGCCCCUGAAGAAGGUUUGUCUUCAAACCGAAAUAAUGGGCAAAGUUGUUUAAAUAUUUUUUGGUUUUACUCCUUUGUUUACUUGUUCAGCACCUUGCCGUAGGGAUCAGUUUGCAAUUUUAUAUUUUAUACAAGUUGUUAUUGCAUUGAUCCCGAGGUCUACAAUUGGGAGAUCCGGCACUACUCAACGGUUUGUCACUACGGACUUGCUGUUUUUUAAUAUUUUGGAUGUUACUAAAACAAGGAACGGGGAACAAUCACGGGAAAACAGAAAAAGAAAAAUGGGAGCAAAACCUCAAACUCAAGCCCUAUCAGUAACUUUAUCAAAUUCUCUGUUCUCUUCCCUUUUUUCACUUUAUGUUUCCGCCUUCUUUCCCCGUCCCGCGUUUAUGGUAACAUCCACCAGAGUGGAAUUUGUUACAUUUUAAGAUGUCAUCUCUAUCUCAAGGGAAAUAAAAAUUCCAUCGAGAAAGACCAAGAUCAAGACCAUGUUGAAAUGAUUACCAUGGCUGUCCAAAAUGACAAUGAAUGGAAAGCUCCGCAAAGACGAGGGAUGGGUAGUUUUAUUUCAGGUAACACUCCUCGUGCACAUAGAAGCGACAGUUUUGGUGACCAGUACACUGAUCAAGAAGAAUUGUUCACGCCAGACAAGCAAAAUUUGGAACAACUGGAAUCCAAACUAACUCGCAUGGAAGAUAUACUUUUAAAGAUCCUUGUUUCGUUACAAGACAAAGGCAAUGUUACCAUGAGAGACAAACCGUCAGAUGCAAGCACAAGCUAUGUGUGA